CUCCCAACGAAGGCCGUCCCUGAAAUUCAGGCACGCACGGGCCGACAACGCACCCGACCGCCCGGAUGCAGUCGGCCCGAUCCUUGCCCCAAAUUUGAGCGCCCACCAUUUUGUCUGCUGGUGCAGCUUGCUGUGAAGGGCAUGAAACAAUCCACCGCAACCGACACCCACUUUAUCUCCAUUGUUCGCUCCCGCCUGUUCUACUCGCCUCGUAGAGCCCGGCACACCCCAUGACCCUGCGCGCUGCCCGCCUUUGGCCGCAUCACAUUUUCCGGGGCCAGUUCAGACAGAGUGGUGCCUCACUUCCCCCAUCGCCAGUACUGCGCAGCUUCUUCACCUCGACGCAGCUCUCCGCCGGCGCGAGACUCUCUCGUCGCCCUCUCGCACGAUAUACGCCCUUUAUCCCCUACGGUCAACAGCCACUACCUUUUCGUGUCUUCCGCGCCUUCCGUGCCCUCCGUUUCAAGAGCGAGAAGACCCUGAACCCUACACCGCACCUAGGCUCCCCAGAACCAGCGCCUUCGCUUUCACAGCGACUCCGCAAGCUCUCACGAGAAUAUGGAUGGUCGGCACUGGGAGUCUACCUAGUCCUUGGGGCAUUGGACCUCCCCAUAUCUUUCUUGCUAGUGCGUAUGCUCGGGGCGGAAAGGAUUGGACAUUAUGAGCACGUGAUUGUCGAGGCAUUCCGGAAUCUGGUUCGCAUACCAUUCCCGAACUUCGGAAAGCACUCAGAGGAUGAAACAGCCGCGGUUAGGCAGGAUGGUGGUGAGGUAGUAGCAGGAGAAGGGGAUUUGGUGUACCAAACGGAUGGAAAGGAUGAUCGGGGUGAAGCAUCAAUCUGGACGCAACUCGCUCUUGCCUACGCGAUUCACAAGUCGGUAUUUAUCUUCGUACGGGUACCGCUGACCGCAGCAAUCACACCUAAGGUUGUUAAAACGUUAAGAAAGUGGGGCUAUGAUAUUGGAAAACGGAAACCAAAGCCCAAUUGAAGGGAUCUCGGGUCCUCUCGUCUACAACCGUGGCAGUGGCUAGGCCUAGCGCGAAUUCGGGGUCCUGAAACCCUGGUAGGUUCAUUUCAUCUAUCUUUAGGUGACAGUGGUAAGAGCUCUGGAAAAUAUGUAAAACAUUAUAUAAUACGGAACGACCAUAGGAGAUAUGUAUAACAUGCUGAGUCUAUGC